CGUUCCCGUUUAAUGCGUAAAUCAAGCUUAUAGCCAUUCUUCUUUUUAAUUUAUGCAGUUUACAGAAUUUCUGAAAAAGCUUGACGCAUGCGCAUGGGGUCAAUCCAAUAUGGCGUCCUACUUGGUUGCCUUGACGGCAGAAGGUGGAAUUCCGUUGUUUACAAGGACGAAAGGUGACUUGCCGCAGGUAAAUUGUUUAAAGACUUUAAAAUUUCAAAAGCAUAGUUUGGAAAAUGUCUGCAAUUUGCAUUUGAACAUCCUAUACCUAUAAAUUGCAUAUUUAUUAAUACAGGGCUAUAGCCUAUAUAAAAAAUUGCACUUUUAUAUAUUUGCACUGGGAUAAUACCUGUAGUACUUACUUCUGGUCCUGUCCAAGUGAGAAUAGAUGGAAACACACAGCUUUUGCCAAAUACAAUUCUUCCACCAUGUGAAGGAAUUUAUCCCAAGCUGUGAUCUCCCCCACAGGCCCACCCCCCUGGGCAACAGGGCAAACCCCCAGGAUCAAAUUCUUCACGGUGUGGAGAACAAAUGCACCCAUCGAUGCCCAUUGGGGGGGGGGGCAUCUACUGAUCUGGCAUUUUUUAUGCAAGUCUUUGAUCAAAAUAUUCGCACAAAAUAUUUGUCCUAUUUUCAUUGACCUAUUCGAAAAUUAGCGACCACAAUUUUGCAUUAUUUUAUAUUAUGCAUUACUGAGCUAAUAAUCAUCUUUUCAACAGAUACUGUUAUUAAAGAGGCAAAGUGUAAAAGUUUAAGAUUGAAAACAACCCAUGCAAGCAAAAUUAUAACCCUUUUAAUUAAAUAAUGUGCACAAUUAUUCAUAAUAUUUAAACAUAUACUUUAAUUAGUCUUUUGACUUUAUUGGGAAUAAACAUUUUUCUAUCAAUUUCCAUACAAAUUUAAAAAUAUUGCAACAACAAUUAAAACAGUACCAUGGUCAUUUGGAUGGUUCCAUGAUUAAUAGGAAGAUUCCCAACUUUUGGAGGGGUGGGACCCACUCAAGGAUGCAUGAAUUCACUAUUCCUCUAAUAUCCCUUAUAUUUGUAAUUGUCACUCAUUUUGUAGCUGCUUUGUCGUUUGUUUUGUAAUAAAUGCUGCUGUCACUUUUGACCCAUAACACAAAUCACAAUUUUUGCCUUUAAUUUCCCAGUCAGAAGCUGUCGUUUGUCGAUCUUUUUUAGAUAGGUAGUCUGUCAGAAUGUCGCCUGUUGAUCAUAACUGCCCCUUAGUGGGCCUCAGCUAUGUUGAAAAUCAACUGCUAGUUCACUUGCAAAAUCAGCCUGUAGACCACAUAGUAGUUAUUAUGUAACACUAGUCUGGUGAAUGAGCCCUCGCUAAUUUUAUUUAUGCCAGGGUUUUGUUUAAGAAAAAUUUAGAACUACACAUACAGGUAUAUGGAUUUAACAAAGCAUCAUGUGUUUAAAGGGGGGUCAAAGGAUGUUUUACCUUUUUACUUAGAUUUUCAGUGUCGUGCCGGAGGGCCUGCCCCCUGGCAAAAUAAUGCCCCCCCCUUUGGAAAAAUUCAGACCAAUACAAGCAUGUGCAUUAUAUUUUCAUUUCUGGUAUUGGAAAUUUUAUAUCUUCCUAUAUUUUAAAUGUUCUAGAUUCGUUUGUGAUUUAAAGUGGAGUAUAAGGUUGUUAAAUGUGUUAAAUGCUUAAUAUGUAAAAUUGAUCACCAAAACACAUUAAAAUAGCUGCCAAAAUGCUGAAAAUGGCACAAUUUACUGACUCUAGAAUUAAGAAAUCAUCCCAGGGGAGCAUAUCCUCUGACCUCCCUCAAAGUUAAUUAAGAAAAUUAUUAAGAUGCCAACUUGACCUAUUUAACAUCUUGAAAAUUCACCCAGUCUUAAAUUUUCAAAGGUCAGGUUACUAAUCUCUAAUCUGCUCAACUAUCUAAAUUAUUUCAUAUAUGCACUGUGGUGUCUCUCAGUCUCUAAAAUUCUUGUAUGAUUAGGAGAAAACUAGUUCAAAAUCUGGUAAAUAUGUUUAACAUCCAUGUAUUUGCUUAAUGUUUUAUUAACAGCUGCCAUUUCCAGUGCUUGGUUCAUUGAAUGGUGUACAUAUGUUUGCAAGAAAUCAGAAUGUGCAACUUGUCAACACAAUCACACAAGGAGAUGCGAAAAUUGUGUGGAAAAUGUUUCAUAAUAGGUGAUACUUUUUUAUCAUAUUAAUUAUUUUUUUAUUAUGUAAUAGUAUAUAUAAACUUGGCCUACAUGUACAUGCACUAUCAACAGUAAUCAUAAGUAUAUGCUAACAGUGGUAUAUGUAAUCUUUGAAAUAUUAUUUGUGUGUGACAUGCAGGUACAUAAUGUACAGUACAGUGUAUACUUUUCUUCAGUAGUGAUGAGUUACCAAAAAUUAGAUUAGAAAAUAGUACAUACAUACAAUGGUAAUGCUGAUUCUCAAACAAGCCAGAGACUGAAUAAAUUCAUGUAUUACAGUACUAUCUUCACCUUUGAAGCAGUUACUGUAUGUUAAAAAUUAAAACAUCUGCUCAAUUUUCCUACCACCAUAAAUGUAAGGCCAUGUUACAUGAGGCAAUUUUCUCUGCAACUUGCAACAGAUUUUUUUCACACAAAAAAUGCAUGUUGUAGUUUUGGGACCUGUAAUGUGACUACAGUAUAUUUUUCGUUUUGAAUUACAGUAUCCAAGCUAGACGGUUUCGUGAUUACAGCUGUAGUUAUUUUUUCAAAAGGUUGUGAGGAAAGAAAGUUGCAGUGGGUGUAUUCAUAGAUUAGAUGCUUCAUGUAACUUGUCGCGCAUCGUCAAACUUUCUCUGCCACUAACGUUUCAAAUUGUAGCGUCAAUAGACCUUAUGCAUAAUGACGUCACAAGGCUUGAUGCCCGCGAGGAAUGCUGGUCUUAGUAGUCAUCGCCCGGGAAAAUUAAAUAAUUCAAAAUGGCCACUACUGAAAAUUUCCCGGGCAAUGACUACUAAGACCAGCAUUCCUCGCGGGCAUCAUGCCUUGUGACGUCAUUAUGCAUAAGGUCUAUUGGCUAGUUGCUCAUGAAUGGCUCUUAUAUACUUAACAUACAUGCAGUACUCGCUUAUUUACUUCAAUCGUAAUAUUUUAUUUUCAAAGCGUCAUGCUAAUUUUAGUUACGUCAAAUGAUGAUUCAAGUGAUAUCCACGCACUCAGUCUUUUGGAUCUUAUGUUUAAUUCUCUAGUGAGUUAAUGGAUUGCAUUAAUUUAAUUAUUUUGGUAUAGUUUACGUAAAAAUAGAAUACAAUUUUUAACGUUUGUUCGUUUGAGACAAAUGAUUGGGAUAUGAAUUUUAUUUUAUAACCAUUCCAAAAUAGACUGAUUUACUUGAUUAAACGUUGACGUUGCUUUUUACUGUAUAUCAUUUUGGUAAUGUAUAUACAAUCUGCUUAUUAAAUCAACUCCAUUUAUGCGUUAGCUUGCAAUUGAGAUGGAGGUCCUGUCUGUGUACUGUAAUAAAACGUGAUUUAAAGAAUGGCCGAAGACAUGAAGAGCAAUUUACUUUGUUCGAAAUAAACUACCGAUAUUCCCAAAACGCAAUUAUUUUGAAUUAGUUAAUUAGAAUGAAUUAGUUGGUAAGCUUUAGCUAGAUUAUACUGUAGAUAACCUAUAAAGGUUGUACUCAGUAGAAAUUGCAAGUACAGAAGUUUGGUGGAAAUUUGAGAAGGUCAGUAAUAUGUAUAGGUAGGUGGUUGGGUAGGUCUUGAAAUCAGUAAAAUAAACCACAGAAGUAUUUUGUUGGCAAAUAGGGUUGGGUUUAUAUCAAGAUGGGCAAGGUAAUAGGUUGCGAUGCAUGAUGGUAUGGAGAUAGGAAGGAAGGUAAGUAUAGUUAUGGAUGGUCAGACGACUAUACUUGUUUUUGAAAUAUUUAAUCUGGAAAUUAAUUUCCUGCAGGUAUUCCAUGUUGGUAUCAAUGCUGUCAUUGCAGCCCAGAACGUUGAGAAACAAAAACGGGAUCUUCGGGU